AUGUGCCUUGUCAAACGGGCCAAUGGUGAGCUCAGCGAAUGUUUCUUUCUCUAUUGGAAUAUGAAACGACAAAUAUUCCUCGAAGGUUCCACCAUGUCGCGAUUGUUCGGCGAUCAAGUCACGACACAAACGCGGAACAUCGAAAAGGUGCUGUCGGACUGCUUCCCAACGCAAUCUUUCCAGAAAUGCGAUCGACGUCUGACCGUUCCUGCCCUUGACAUCUCAAUGGCUCCUGCACGACUACAUAUCUUUAGGAAUUACUCAUUCACACGCCCUUUCGGUGCCCCACUCGAUGAGGAGCAGGACAUAAUGUUCAAGGACGCCGCCCGAGCAAGCAGUGCAGCACCGACGUAUUUCGAGCCGUUCAGCUACCAGGGCAAGAAGUUCGUCGACGGGUCUUUCGUGGCCAACUACCCGCUGAAUAUCCUUUUCAAGGUAGUCGGCCAAGAUCUCACAACCGUCGAAAUGGCACAGGAGCGCUGCCAUGCCCACAACAUACCGGAUCAAAUUGACGACGGUAAAUUAAUGGACAUGAUCUGGACCACGCAAUUAUGGCUGGUGGACAAUCUACGUGAAGUUGACAAACUCGGCGAAUUACUUUUCAAGUUGCUUUCUGAUCCGGACGAUGGAAAGCGACGGAGCAAUACAGUACUGUAG